AUGAACUCAUCAAGAAAUUUGAAACAAAAACCAAAAAGUUGUACUGAUAUUCAAGAUGAGUUGACAACAAUCAAACAACUAUGUGCUAAGCAUGAAAAAUUAUGUCUAUGUUUUAAUAGAUGGAAAACAAAUGUGGAACAGAAUGAUGCUCAAUUACAAAUACUUAAUGAAACUGCCACUUCAUUGCGUUAUCGGCAUAAAAUGCUUACUGAAAUGAUAUCACUAAAACCAACAGAUCCAGAGGUUCUUGAAAAACUCCAAAAAGAAAUAAAAGCCGUUGAAGAUCAGGUAGAUAUUUGGAUACGUGAAUUGUCUGAGGUAAAUGAGGUUCGCACCCAUUUAGAUAUUGAAUUUAUACAAUUAAAAGCAAAACUUCAAAGAAGUAUGACAAACAUCGAAAUAGCUCAUUUAGAUUUUGAUACAAUUGAAGAAAAUCAUAGAUUAAUAUGGAAAAAAUUCCUUUAUAAUACUAAACAACUUUCAAAAUCAAGAUAA